AUGAUCCUCUUGCGAACAUCCUUUCUCCUCCUCCUCUGCUUGCUGGGAGCGAUCAGCUUAGAGUCUGACCAGGAGGGAGGAGGGGCGACGUCGACUUCAUGGAGCACGGACGAGUGGGAUGGGAGCAUGAUGGAUGAAAGGACGUGGAGGUCGUCUGUUGAUUACCUUGUCCGGCAGGGCAAAGUAACAGAUGCAAUUCGGCUCGUGAAGGCGCUGCUGAAGAUAUCUCCCGCUGCUCGGCCGCUCCAGGUGCAGCUUGCAGUACUGCAAGUUGAGGAGGAUGCAGGAGGGGUGAUCUCGGCCCUGAGGAAUCUGAGGAGGCUGGACCCUUCUGGCUCGCAACUCCUGCUCGAAGCCGGUGAGCUGGUUUACCAAGGGGCAACGGGUGCGAUACAGGAGCUCUUAGACGAGGAGGAUCGGGUCAGCCCGGAACGUGUCCUGAGGGCUCGGAGGAGGAUGAAAGCAGCGGAAGUGCUGUACCGUGCUGCUGUGUGGCAGUCGCCCGGGCAUGCUCGUUGCUCCCUUGUGCUGUCGAGGCUGUUGCUGUGGAGGGGGAGGAGGGAGGAAAGCAUCGUGGUGUUGGCCCGGGCCCUCAGGAUUGCUCUAGAUCGAGUUGGAAUGAGGGAUGAAUCAUUGAAUGUCAUGACUAUGGUGUGCAAACUUCACCCCAAUUGCUGUCAAGAUCGCAAGCAAGACAAGAGGGUCAGGAGUCUCCAAGACUUGAACUUGUCCUGCGGCAUUCAGCAAGUCGUUGAACCAUCACUGGGAGAGAUCAUGGAGUUUGUUGAGGAGAGAUUCUACAACAAGAGCGAUUUGAAGAGUCUGAGAGGAGUGCUGGAGAUGGGAGGAGACAGGAAGGAGAAUGACUGUAAGCUGAGCGUCCUCCAAGAGAAGAUCGGCAUCGACGACAUGACAAGGGCGGCAUCGGACGGGGCCCCGUGCUCCCCUCAGCUGCUUGCAGCUGACAAGUCGAUCAGGAGGCUGGUGCAGCGAUGUGGAGGAGAGGAAUGGGCGAGGAGAAAGCUUCGAGGUGAAGUGCUGGGGAGAGGAGGAGGAGGGCUGACGGGUCCUCUCGCAGAGCAGGAAACCCGGGUCAAGCUGCUGCUGCUCGCGUGCAAGGGCAGGGAGGGGGCGGCGGAGGCGAAGGAGGCGGAGCAACUGCGAGAUCGGGCGCUGGUGCUGCAGACGCAAGGGAAGCUGGAGGAGGCGAUGAAGAUCUUUCAAGUUCGCCCUCCUCCUGCUGCUGCUGGGAUUCCGUCUGAUGAAGUCGCGUGCUGGAAAGGAGGAUAUCUUGACCUCGCUGCUCGGCAUAGUGAGAUCGCAACGAGGCUCAAGCCUGACUCUCGCUUCUAUGUCAACCUUGGCGCUGCGCUGUAUGAGAUGAGAAAGUUUGCGGAGAGCAUUGAAGCAUUUCAAUCUGCGCUGAGACUGAAGGAAGACGAUGAUAUUUCAAGGCAACUAGAUGGAACUUGUGUUUUUCGUUGUUCUUUCUGUCUUUCAUCUUCUCCUGUCACAUUGAUUUUGAGCACUGAAGUUUUCGUCGUCAGGUUCAACCUCGCCAACGCUCUCACUGAAGUCCACAUGUUCAAGGAGUCGAUAAGGCAUUUCAGGAGGGUGAUCGAGAUCAAUCCAACUUUCUUGCAAGCUCAGUUCAACAUGAUUCGCAACAUGGAAACGAUCUGUGACUGGGGAAGGCGCGACGAAAGAUUCUUGAGAGCGGAGAGGAUUCUCCGCAAACAGCUGCUACAGGGUGAAGUCUCAAUGGUCAGGCCCUGGCAUUCUCUUUCCUACCCCUUCCCGCCUGAACUUCUUCUCGCUAUCUCCCG